UUUCGACAUACAACGCGUUCAAAGAGAUGCCGAUUAAGUUAAAAUACAAUAUCGCUUAAUAUCAUUCUGACGUUAUAACGUGACUAAAAUGGAAGUUAAUUUCCUGUGUGUGUUUCUAAAUAUUGGAAUUAUUUUGCUGUUUUAUUUAAACGUGAUUUGCACAGAAAAUGCUGUUGUUGAGGUUGAGCAACGUUAUGCUGAUAAGCAGUUUCCCAAAGGCCUCAAGAUUCACAACAAGACCAUAACAUGCAGCGAGGAUCACGAGCCUGGCCAGUUCCCAGCACACACAUGGACAUGUAGAGAUAUGAGAGUUGAUGGACUGAGAAUGGCAUAUGGCUACAACCCGGUGAUUAUAAAGAGCGAUGACAAGUGUCGGGAGACUGAUGGACGCAACGAGCUUUCAGAGGUGUGUCGCAGGAUGAUGGCACAAAUAGGCUCAAAUAAACAACUGUGGGCAGCUUUUGUAACAAAUGCUACAUGUGGUAGGAUCAAUGAGAAACGAUUCUUGCUCAAUAUGACUGGACCUGACCAGUAUUCCUGGAACCAGAUGAAGCCAGGCUACGGCUGGAUAUAUACUCUCAGGUGUAUGGCAGUGAGAUAAGGGGAGUAGUGAACAUUCAAGGGAGACUAUUGCUACACAAAUGUGAAUCUAUGAACAAAGAGAAGCUACUGGUCUAUUGAAAUAUUUGAGAGUCAAUAGAAACAUUGUUCAUACUGGUGAAUGGUUAUUUUGUUCAAGGUGUGGGUUUCAUCUCUACAAAUUGUGAAUAUGAUACCAGAUUUGGAUUCAAUGAUUGGACACUUACGAGCUAAUAUCUCCAAUUUUAGCUCACCUGAACACAAAGUGCUCAGUGGGAGCUAUUAUGAUAGGGUGAUUGUCCAUCGUCUUUUGUCAACAUUUCCCAUCAAACAACUUCUCCUCCUAAACCAUUGGAACAAUUUCAACCAAACUUCACAGGCAUGUUCCUUUGGUGGUCUUCUUUCAGAUUCCUUCAAUAAAAGUGGUUUCAUGCCAAACUCUGGUUGGCAUUCUAAUGGAAAGGAAAAACUUAAAAAAUCUUCCCAGAAACCGUAGGACCUAUUUCCAAAUAAUUUCACAGAAAUGUUCCUCAGGUAAGAAGACAUGGCCACUAGGGACCUUGACUACUUUUCAUUAUAUGUCUUUGUGGAAAACUCUGUAAAUGUUCUCCUCAGAAUGCACUGUCCUGAUUUUAAAAUGAUUCACAGAAAUGUUCCUCAAUGACCCUCUAUCAAAUUCCUUCACCCCCAUGUUGAUUCUUAAAAUAGACAUGGAGCUGUGGGGCAGGUGACUUAUCUAUAUGUCUAUAUGGAAAACUUUAAAAAUCUUCUCCUAAGAAUGCACUUGCCUAAUUUUAAAAUAAUUUCAUAGAGAUGUUCUUAUGGUAACCCUCUAUCAAAUUCCUUCACCCCAUGUUGAUUAUUAAAAAAAGACAUGGCUUUUCACUAUAAGUCUAUAUGGAAAACUUUAAAAAUCUUCUCUUCAAAAUCCAAAUGGUCUGUUUCAAAAUACUUAUUUUUUAUAUGAUUUCUUUAUUGUUUUACAAUCAUUGAAGAUAUCAACUUCAAACUUCAUAAACUUAUUUACAGUAACAACAUGGUCUUUUGUAAGAAGUUACAUCAUUCAAACUUAAUUAUUAUACAAGUUACGGCCCUUUGAAACUUUUUAAACAAAUACAUAUUUUUCAUGUUAUAAAGGCCCCUUUAAAAAUGGAGAGUACAAUAGUAUCACCUGAGGUGUAUAAUGGGAGGUGUCCAGUUUGUUGUCUGAUCAAUAACUUUAUAAUCAUUUGUCCAGUCAGGUGAGGGAUAUAGGACCAUCUUGGCCCUUUUGUUAUUAAUGCUAUCUACAUUGUGCUUAUGACUUGUGUCAUGCUGUUGAUAGCCCCAUGGAAGUUUGCAUGAUAUACUGCUGUGGCUUUUAUGUGUCAUAUGGCCAGUCUGUUCAUUCAUGGAACUUCAGUUUAGUGCAUUAACACAAAAGGAUAGGCACAAAUCUGAUUAUUUUCCAUUAUUGAUGAUAUGGCUUUCAUCGGAAAUGGAAAAUUGUUUGCAACACAUCAACACAUCUGGAUUGAUACUUUAUUAAUGAAAAUGUGUCAAUUGAGUUGAAACUGUUUCCAUGUUUAUAUCAAGGCAUGCCUUUAACAUUUUCAUCUCAAAUUAUGGAAAAAAAAAACAAAUAUGACGGGAAAAUCUACAUGUAGAUGCUGACAAAACUUCAUAGAAAACAUCAAUCAGAAGAUCACAAAUGCAUUAUUUAGCUACACUAUAGUGUUUAAUAUUGUACUUGUAAAAUAGAUUGGCAUAUAAGAAGUUAAUUUUGAUUCAUGUAUGCUUAUGAACAUUUAGCUGAAUAAGUGGAAUUUGUCUCAAAAGGAAUUACAGUCAAACCUGUAUUAAGUGGCCACCUUUGGGAAAUGGUAAAAGUGGCUGCUUACUACAGGUGGCCACUUAGUCCAAGUUGGACUUUUCUGACACUUUGGCUUUGUUCAAACAGAGAUUAUGUAUCUUAACCACCACCUCACCCCACAAUCAGUAUCAUCAGUACCAUUAAAGAAGGUUGAAUGCAAAUGUAGAAAAAACAAGUUCUUCUUGCACUAUGGCCGUUUUCUAAUUUAAUAUAAUUAAUACUCUCAACACAUUCUUUUACAGUCAAACACUUCUGGUUUAUAUUAUUGUCAGCCAUAACCAAAGUUAAAAAGAAUUUCACGAACAAUGCAAUGUAAGUUAGACGUUCAUAGAAGUAUAAAGCCGAGCACUUUGAAAAUUAAUACGGAAAUAAAUACAUAUCGUAACUCGUUUCACAACAUCAAGUGACAGUGCAAACUGUAAAUUCAUAAUUAUCAUAUCCGGCGUUCUUUGUCUGUAUUUGACAAUUAUCUUCGUAAUUAUUAAAAUAUCUUCAUUAAGUAUGUCAAUUCUGAUCGAAACAUUCGCCGAUGAGUUAUAAACAUGAUCUCUCGAUAAUUGAAUUAAUAAGGAAACAUGCAUGGUAAUCGUGUAAUGUUGUAGGCAUUUUCAUUGGACGACAGAAAUAUCCAAGGCUGUCGUUCUUUCCCUUCAACUUCAGUAUCAAUUAAAGCUGUGUAUUGGCAAACAUUACUUUCGGAAGUGUCAGUGACAAGGGAUAUAGUGGCCGCUUAUUAGUAUUUUUAUGGCUUCACGGGGACAAAUAUUAGUGGCCGCGGCCGCGUUAGACAGUUGGCCGCUUAAUGCAUGUACUUUAUAUAGUAAAAACGAAUGGGGGGAAUUUUGAGUGGCCCGAUAAGGCAGGUGAACCUUUAAAGCAGGUGACCGUUCAACCAGGUUUGACUGUAUACCUUUAGUUGCUAGGUUCCACUGGGAUUGUUUAAACACAUAUUCAACACAGCUGCAAUUUAUAACUGUACUUUCUGAGCUGUAAAGCAUAAUAUUCAAGUAGAUAUAUAGCUAUAAAAUAUGCUACAGUAUCAAAUUCAUUUUGUGAAAAUGAUUUUAUGUUUGAACUCUAUAGAAAACAUAUCUAGUUUUAAUGCAAUCAUAAUGAACAUUGACACUAAAAGUGCAUGUUCAUGUUAUUGUAAAGAAAUAUACAGCACUGGGUAAUAUUCAAUUACCAGGGUACUUAUUAAAUCUUGCCAUUUAUAUUUUUAGAGUUUAUGGUUUUAAAAAUAUUAUUGUGGACAAUUAAUAUUGUUUCUAAGUGUAAAAUGACAAAUAUAUUUACAUGGUGCUCUUCCCAGUAUAUGCUCUGCCAGUUUUUUUUGCAUUAAAUAUUUUUUAAUAAGAAAGACCUAACACUAAUAUUUUUAAUAAAUGUCAUCAAUAAAAUAACCAUUGAAGCUCAUUGUUGAGAUUAACCCACUAUAUAUAAUGUAGAUGUCGUUUGCCACUUAAGUUUGGAUCUUUUAGUACAGUGUUGAAUUUGUAUUGUUAUACUAUUUUUGCCAUUAAUGUUGUUUUUAUUUUGGUGACUAUUUUAUAUGCCAGUAAUCUGUUGGGUGUCCUGCUGUUGAGUCUGGACUUUGUACACUUUGCUUAAAAGGCUUAGUUAGUUUAAUUAGUUAGAAUGAAACUUAUAAUUGUGGAAUUUAAAAAAGUGUUAAGUUAAAGGGUAAUGUAAAGGCCCAUCUUUAUGUAGAAGUAUAAGAUUUGUAAGGAAAGAUUGUGGUAAAACUCUUGUGGAGGAACACUAUUACACUGUCAUCCUAUAAAUAAGAGCUUUUAGAUAAUAAAUGAUAGAAGACAUGAAUUCUUGAUGUACACGUGUAUACAUAAAUGAUAGAAGACAUGAAGUCUUGAUGUACACGUGUAUACAUAAAUGAUAGAAGACAUGAAGUCUUGAUGUUCUCGUGUAUACAUAAAUGAUAGAAGACACGAAGUCUUGAUGUUCUCGUGUAUACAUAAAUGAUAGAAGACAUGAAGUCUUGAUGUUCAAGUGUAUACAUAAAUGAUAGAAGACAUGAAGUCUUGAUGUACACGUGUAUACAUAAAUGAUAGAAGACAUGAAGUCUUGAUGUACACAUGUUAACAAUUAAGAUGAGGAUCUAAUAAAAAUUGUGACCUGAUAUUAGUUUACAAGUAUAAACAAGUCAUAUACCAUGCCUGUGUACUAAUUAUGGUGUUGUUUUCGUUGUAAGUAUAAAUUAUGUGUGCCCACUAGAUUGUCAGUGUUUUUGGGUUGGGAACUAUGCUUACGAUGUAAAUUAUAAGUUAGUGUUCCAGAUAUUUUGUUUUAUAGUUGCAUUUCUGAUGUAUUAUAAGGGUAUAUUGACUGGUGCUGUUAUUUAAUCAUUUUUUCAUAUCACAUAAUAAAUUCUCUUAACACUGUAUAUGGAUAAUUCAGUGGUGUUUUAUGGGUAAAAAUAUAUGCACAUAGAGUAUAGUCAGUUGUGUCUGGGUUUUAAUAUUUCCAUGUUCAGAGGGAUUUGAAAAUUACAUGGCACAUGGGCAAUACCCACAUCCUUAUCUCCAAAUCCAAGGUCACACUUAUAGGGUUUUUAUAAUUGAAUGCUGCUUAUAUGCAUAUGCAGUAUAGUUGGUCUUGUCUGGGCUGUGUUUUUAUUUUUCAUGCACAGAAAUAAAAUAAAUUGGCAUAUGUUUUUGUUACAUAAAGACCAAGGUCCCUAUCUCAAAGGCAAAGGUUUAUCAUUAUGGAAUAAUGUAGUUGGGCUUGUCUGGGUUGUAACUUUGUCAUUGACAGUGGGAUUUUAAAAUAAAAUGUAACAUGUGCGAGACCCACAGCCCUACCUCUACCUCACACUUUCAAUUGGAUCAUUAUGGAAUUGUGAAUGUAGGCUUAUUAGUAUUUGCAUAAUCCAUUGAACUGGAUGGCACUUCCAGAACACUGGUCACUUACUGUGACAGCUCUUGUUUAAUUUAAGGCUCGCUGUAAAUGGCAUUUUUGCUUUUAAACAUUGUUUCAUUACUUAAAGAUGCACUAUUACUCUCAUAUAAGAUUUACCACAAUUAAUUAUAUUGUUUUAAUAUUCCAAAGAGUUAAUAAAUGUCGAAAACCUUGGUUACCAAGUUUGAUUUGAAAGAAAUGAGCAUAAAACACCGUAUUUCUACGUUAUGAGACUAUAGUUACGACCACAGUAUAUCUUUAAGCAUUUACAAAUCAUUUAAUAUUUUUGUGCGCUUUCUGCUAUUAAAUACACGGUUACAAUCUUGUUAUCAGUAAUUCAUAUUUUCCAUAAAUGCAUUAUUAAGUAAGUAGUUAAAGCUUUAUCAGUCAAAAUUGAUGUUUGUUAUACAUGUGUAUGUAUUGAUCUUGAAUUAGAGUGUCACUUUAAGGGUACCCUUAAUCUUUUAAUAUUAUUAAAAUGGUAUUUUUUA